AUGAGCGACGUACCGACGUUGGAGGUUAGCUUGCAGGAGAAGAGGCAAAGGGACUACAACCCUCAGCUCGAUAUGGACAUGCGGAAGUGGGUGGCGGCCUUCCUGGGGGUGGACGUCGAUCUCUCGCCUUCUACCUCCUUCGCCUCCAUCUUCAAGGACGGCAUCCUCCUCUGCCGCAUUAUCAACAAAAUCAAGCCCGGCACCAUCCCAGAGCCCGCCCGAACUGGUUUGGCCUUCAAGCAGAUGGUGAGGGGCCUCCCCUUUGAAAACAUCCAAAACUAUUUGCACGGGUGCAAGGAACUGGGGCUUCCCGAGAGCUCGCUCUUCAACACCAUCGAUCUCUUUGAGGAGAAAAACGUCAACAUGGUCAUCAAGAAUGUGUACAACAUGUCUCAGAUCGCCAGCGGCGUUCGUCCCGGCUCAAUGCGUGAUGCUUCGUCAUCGGCCGCCGCCGCCAAGCAGCGAGGCCUUGCCACAUCCAUGUCGUCGCCAAACUUGAAGACAUCCAGCGGUUCGUUGGUCAUCGGCCGCUCCCCGCCUCCGCCGCCUCCCGCGUCGUCGAAGCCCACACCGGCUCAGGCACAGGCGCAGCCUUCCACCACCAGUCAGCCGGCACCGCCGGCACGACCCGCGCGAUCGGGGUCGGUGCGACCGCCCGUCCCUCCGCGCUCCACCAUUCUCAAGGCCGCGCCCGUCGUGUCCGUCACCUCGACCCCCGUGUCGUCCAUGGCCGAAAAAAGAAUCUCUCGACGGAUGAGCUUCGGGCGAUCGCAGGCGCAGCAAAUGAUCGCUGCCGCCGCGGCGGUUGUCACGCGCGGUCCUGACGUCUCCAGUCUCACCGACGACAUCAACGCCAAGGCCGCCUUCAAAUACAAUCCGCUGCUCGAAGAACAGGCAUCGCGAUGGGUGUGCGGCGUGCUGGGCGUCAUGUUGGACCCGAGCCGAACCUUCAUCAGCUCCAUCAAGGACGGCGUGUUGCUCUGCAAGCUCAUCAACAAGCUGAAGCCUGGCACUAUACCUCAAAUCCACACGUCUUCCAUUGCAUACAAGCAGAUGGAAAACAUUGCCGCCUACCUCAAGGCCUGCGUGCAGUUGGGCCUGUCGGCAUACGAUUGCUUCAACACGGUGGACCUCUACGAGGAGAAGGAUAUCAACGUGGUCAUCAACAACAUCCACGUGCUGGCCAAGCACGUCAAGGCCCAGGGCAUCGGCGGCGAAGGCGUACCUGCGAUCGAGGACAGCAAACGGGCGAGGCGGCCGUACUCGAUAUUCCUCACCGAAGUGCAGGGCCUGCAAGAGCUGCAGGCGUCCCUGGCUGAUCUGCCAGCUGAUCCGGUGGAAAGCGAGUUGGUGGAAUGGAUGAACUCGCACAUCAGCAAGGAUGGAGGACCGCUAAUCUCCAAUACCCACAGCGACCUCAAGGACGGCGUCGCGCUCAUUCGCCUUCUGGAAGUGCUUUCGGACGUGCGGGUGGGCCACUACGUCGUGGACCCCAAGCUGCCGUGGCAUCGCAUCCAAAAUGCAACACUCAUUCUCCGUUUCAUCGCCGAGCAAACGUUCUGGAGCGUGCGCGGCUGCACCUCCCACGACAUCGUGCUGGGUAAUGCAGAGCCGCUCAAGACGCUGCUCAAGCACAUCCGCUCCAAGUUCGACCGCGACUUCUUGUUCCAAGGAAUGGAGAAGGGAACGCGAAGGCAGAAGAUCGCUGAAGAGCUGACCACCACGGAGCGGACCUACGUCACUCACCUUCGCACGCUCACCAACGGUCUGCUGAACGAGCUGAAGAGCCACCUGGGCCAGGCCACCGAAGUUCUCACUGCAGACGAGAUUGAAGAAGUCUUUGCGAACGUUGAGGAAAUUGUGGAAUUCCACAGCAGCCUGCUGGACAUCGUCGAGGCCCGACUGGCGAGCUACACCGCGCUCACCGAGUUCGGCGACCUCUUUGUGGAGAAGUUCGACGAGACCUUCGUGACCAUGUACAAGCGCUACGUGCGCGAUUUUGAUUCCACGCACCUCGUCAUCAAGUUCCUUGAGGGCGCCAAGCCCGAAUUCCGAGUACACAUCGACAAAUUCGAGAACGAAGAAAAGAGUCGGUCGGGUCUCCUCCUGAACUCUUUCCUGAUUCUUCCCGUGCAACGCGUGCCUCGUUACAUGCUCCUCCUUCAAGAAUUGGAAAAGCAAACACCCGAGGAGCACCCCGACAGCCCCAACAUCAAGAAGUCCAUCGAGAUUCUGGGCAACAUUCUCGAUGACAUCAACGCCAGCAAGACCAAGUCCGAUUCACAGCAUAAGCUCAGCACCAUCGAGAGCUCCAUCGCCGGACUUGAAGCACUGCCCAUCGACACGUUGGUCCAUCCCAAGCGGCGGUACGUGCGAGAGGGCGUGCUGACGUGGCGAGGCGAGUCGGAGGACAACCCGUCGCCGUACUUCUUCCUCUUCAACGACUUCCUGAUGUACACCACCCGGCGAGGGAACGAGGAGGGUCCGGACGAGGGCGGCAAGGCGUUCGAGUACAUCACCAUCGUGCCCCUCAACUUCAUCACCCUGGUCGAGGAGUGCGAGGCCGAGCCCAACGCCUUCCAGGUCGCGCUCGAGGAAGAACUCACACUCUUCGUCGCACCAUCGCCCAAGGCACGGCGCACCGAAAGGGACGAAUGGAUCAAGGACCUGCAGCAGGCGCUCGACGAGAAGGUGGUCAUCCAGUUCUGCGAGUUCUAG